AUGGAACGCUCUCAGGACCUCUUCAGUGGAGAUCCCCCUGUGGUCCGAGUGCUUCGAGAGGAGCUACAGCUGCUGAGAUCCUUGGCAACACUUGUGCGCAAGGAUUUGAUGCGCUUGCGCGACAUGCUGGUCGCCAAGAUCGACUUCAUGGGUGAGAUGGAAGAGGUCUUGCAAUGUAUUCGGGCCAAUGCGGUGCCUUCACGGUGGCAGAAGAGGUCGUUCCCAUCCUGCAGGCCUCUCUCCGUUUGGCUCAUUGGUUUGAAGAUCCGCGCGCAGUGGCUGGAAGCCGCAUGGGGCCAACGGGGCCACGAGCCGUUGUGUUACCGCCUGGAUUUGUUUUGGCGACCGCGGUUACUGUUGCUUUCACAUCUUCGAGUAGCAGCUCAGAAAGAAAACAUAUCGUUGGACUCCUACAGCUUCAAGCAUAAGGUCCUCGAUCGGAUCGAGGAAGAGGAAGAUGUCCAGGACCACCCUGCCUCUGGGCUCUAUGUUGUGGGUAUUUUCCUGAAGGGUGCAUCAUGGGAGCGGAAAAGAGCAAGAUUGGUCGAUCACCGUCCGGAGGAGCUUUUCUAUAAGAUGCCGGUGAUCCACUUCAUCCCCUCCGCAAACUACAAGCCGAAGCUUUAUAAGCACUACGGCCUCCCAUUCUUCCAUGCCGAGCACUUCUGCAAACUCUCUGCUGAUGGGGAAGAUAGCAACUUCAUCACUGAGGUUCUCUUGCGUUCAGAUCGCCCAAAGGAUUGCCUCCUGAAGAGUGUGGCGCUCUUCUGUGAGUUGGCUUCGUCCAUGACGGCAUUCUGUGGCAGUGGCAGGUCUCCGCUGGCCACAUCAGACCUGAUCAAGACACAGCGAUGGCUAGGUAGCAACUUCUUCCUCAACUUUCAGCAUGCUGAUCAAGAGGAAAAUGGCGGAGAUGAAGAUGAUCUCCCGGUGGACGUGGAAAAUUGGUACGUGGACUUGGAGCAACUUACGUCGUCAGUGCUGCGUCACAGCGGGGGUGAUUCGAGGCAAAGGCCCAUGAGGAAGUUGAAGGUUUGCAUUGACAACAAGAUCAACGUUGGGAAGUGGUAUGAUGUGACUCGCAAUCUGAUGGCCACCAGCAUGGAAGAUCUCUACGAUACCCAGUGCAAGGUGACAGAACUGGAUAUGCAGAAGAAGCCAGCCUUGAGGAUCUUCGCUUGGGAUAUCGAGUGUACCAAGGAGCCCUUGAAGUUCCCGGACUCCGCACGGGAUCGCAUCACGAUGAUCUCCAUCAUGGUGGUCUCUGCAGAUAUCGAGCCGCUGGAAUACACUCCGAAACCUGAGUACGAAGGCAUAUUCCAGACCUACAAUGAGGAAGAUGAGGUCAGCUUCAACGGGGACUUCUUCGACUACCCCUUUGUCAUUAAUCGCGCCAAGGCUUACAACAUGGAUUGGUGUGAAGAGGCGCCUCUUCUGGCCCGGUGCGGUGCUUUAGCCGGAAGAGUGGAAGGGGAACGGGGAAGACGUGUUUACCUCGCGGUUGCAGCAGCGAUGGCGCGGAUGCCGGGGAUGAGGGGACUGAGAGUGAAACAGGUCCCUGGUUUGCUGAGGGACCUCUACGAGAAGCGUGUGGAGGGGGAGGAUGUGCUUUGUGGAAUCGUCAUCCAUCGGCGAAACUACCCGGAUGUCACCUGGCUCUCCAUUGUGGAAGAGAAGGGGCCUCCGAUCGCCGCGCCGCGGGAGCUUUGGCGGACCGUGAAGUUAGGUCAGGAGCCUGCGCAGCGGCCUGCCGCACUGCGAGCCAUCCGAUCCCUCCCGGUCGAUGCGCAUGGACCUUCUGGCAGUGAUGCGGUCAGCGAGCGUGCUGAAGCGGUGGCAGAGUUCUUUCUCAAGGAUGCUGUUCCUAGUCUCCUCUCUCCAUCUUCUCAUGUGUUGGAUGUCGCUGGUGGCACUGGGCUACUGGCCUUGGCCUUGGCACGUCGCGGCGUGCGCUGCACCGUGGUGGACCCGCGGAAGGCGGCUGGGAUCCGUGCGCAGCGUGCCUGGUUCGGCGGCCGCCCGGUGGGCGCGGACGACUCCUUCGGCGGGGCCGAGGAUGUGCUGCCGAGCAUCGGCGAGGAGUCCGAGCUCGUGUCGCUCGAUGCGUCGGACAUGUGGAGGCGCAACUGCUCGGGCUUCGUGGCGUUGCAUCCGGAUGAGGCCACUGAGGCAGUGGUGGAGGCCGCGCUACGACUGCAACGACCUUUUCUGGUGGUGCCCUGUUGUGUUUUCGCUCGACUCUUCCCACAUCGCCGGCUCGCUGAUGGGAGACAGGUGACCAGCCUUCCGGAAUUCCUGGACUUCCUACAGUCCAAGCAUCCAUCCAUUCGUAAGGAACAGUUGCCCUUCGAGGGCGCCAACCAGGCCCUUUGGUCUGACGGGAAAUAUUGCUUCGACUUGCAAAAGAGUGGCGCACGGCAGCAUGCAGAGGAUGGCAACGAGGCGAGGUGGAAACUGCUCACCUUUGCAUCUUGCACCUGCAAAGUCCAGUGCUGGAAGCUUAGCUUCGAUCGGUUCAGACAUGCCUGGAUCGAAGUGCCACUACAGAGCUUGGAUUAUGAGACUGCUGCGAGCAAUGCUAUGCUCUCCUAUGCAGGAAGCGAAAACACAUCAGGUGAAGGCCUUCUUGUGCUUGGCCAGGUGAAGCUGCAUCCAGACUUUGCCAAGAUCUGGCCGUUGGUGGUGCGCUUCUGGUACGGCUUGCCGGUCACUGUGGAGAGCUUCGAGACGGCAGUGGAGCUCCGGAAGAUCGCGCAAUACUAUGAGGCAGACGAGUUGAAGAGCUACACCUCUCAGCUCAUCUUUGGUGCCACUCCCACUGCGCCACGCAUGGCCAUGCUGGUGGACAGCCUCGGCUCCUUGGAUAGAGACUCGGAGUUGCCAGUGGUAGGAAUGAUGAAUUUCCGAGGCUUUGAGGAAGACUUGAUGGAGCGCGCUUGGGCAUACCUGGAGGCGUUUUGCUUGUCACGGAACAUGAAGAACAACGGAACGCUGAGCCUGAAAGGAUAUGCAGCCCGAUGGCUCUGCCGCUCCGCACCUCUUCGACCCGCCAUGGCCGGACACAACGUCACGCUGCGCUCCGCGACCUCCGGCGCCACGGUGGGCGCCUGGGACUUCGAAGCGCUCGUGGGUGCGCAGGAGCCGUGGCUCACGGUGAGGAAGUUGAAGCAAACGAUGGCGAUGGGUGGAGGAUAUCCUCGGUUCAGACAAAGGCUCUUGAACCAGACGGGUGAGCUGCUAUCGGAUGAUGUCGUUCUGAGUCCGCCGGUGGAUUUGCAGCUGGUGAUUCUGGAGUGUUUGCCUGCUGAAACUCAGCAAGAUACCGCCUUCAUCAAGGCCUGUGCCGAGAAUCACAUUGAGGAAGUGGAACGCAUGCUGCAGUGGCCCCAAAAUCCCAAUGCGACUGAAGAGCAAGGUGGCUAUACAGCUUUACAUGCUGCAUCACAAGAAGGCAUGGUGCAGAGUGUGUGCUUGCUGCUGGAAGCCAGAGCAGAUGUAGGCUUGACCACCAGAGGUCAAUUGCCAGUGGUUGAGCUGCUCCUCAGCUCGAAGGCUGCUUUGGACGCUGACCGGACCGAGGAUGGCGCCACCCCGCUGCAUGCGGCUGCGCACGAGGGGCACCUGGAAGUGGUGAGGCUCUUGCUUCGGGAGACGUGGCAGAAAAGAAACACUGGGAGACCAGGCCCUCCCAGUGGGGAGACAGGCACCACGCCCUUGCAUGCAGCAGCCUUCAAGGGCCACUUGGGCGUGCCCAUGGGCACAAUGUUUGAGGAAAGGAGCGACGACGGCGCCACGGCCUUGGUCUUUGCGGCACAAAAUGGACGCCUGGAGCGGUCGGAAGCGGUCGGAUUUAGUGCAGAGGUGAACCGUGCAGAUGACGAUGGCAUGACGCCCCUGCAUGCCUCAGCCUCUGAGGGCCAGCUGGAAGUGGUGCAGGUCUUGUUGAACUUCGGCGCUUGUGGAACUCGUGCACGGAAGGAUGGGGUUACAGCCUCCCAACUGGCAGCUGAGAACGGCCAUUUGGAUAUUGCUCAUUUGCUGGAGUCCUUUCAAAGCUUCAAGAGGAUGCGAGUGGAAACGUUGGUGUGA